AAUGUUAUUUUGAAUCAGUAUUUUUCUCAUUAACUAUAAACUAUGACAUAUUUUGACAAGAAUUUUGAUUUAGCAAAAUUUCUUCAAUUUGUACAAGUUUAUAUCAAUGAUCGUAAACAUAAAAAAUUCAUCAUAUCAGAAGUUUCAAAAAUUUUUAUACGCCAUCUGCGUUAGCGGCGCCACCAAUGCGGCGCCACAUCCCUACUAUACGUGGCUCUUAUGUGGAAGAGGUUACUGUAUUGUCAUCAUCAAUUUGUGACGGACACAAAAUUCAAAAGCAUCGAGUUGUUUCUUGUAUAUGUGGUUUUAAAUGUAACAACGAUUUUUAUAAUCAAUUAAUAACAAUAAUUCGAUGUAUUGAACGAAUGUUUCGUCUUGAAUACAAAAACCUUCGUUGUUACUCUUUGUGGCGCCACCGAGUUGCUUUGUGCAAGUAUCUUGUGGUCUAGUGUGGCGCGGUAAUGUUACUUAUAAGGAACACAUAGAUACAACAUGGAAGAUAUCAAUAAUAUAAAUACUGAAGAUUUUAUUUCGGAAAUUGAAUUACGUCCAGCUAUUUGGGAAUUAUCCAGUGAUGAUUAUACAAAUAAAAUUACCAAGAAGAACGCUUGGGAAGAAGUUAUUAGAAAAUUCUGUCCAGAAUUUGAAAGAAAGUCUAAUGCAGAAAAAAAUAAUAUUGCCUUACGUUUCCAAAGAAAAUGGAAGAGUUUGCGAGACUGUUAUUCUAGAGAAUUAUUAAAAAUGAAAAAGGAAAAAUCAGGUUCGGGGACCCCUGCUAAUCGAAAGCAGUAUAUGUAUUAUAACAAAUUGAGCUUUUUACAAACUGUUGUAAAACCGAUGUCAGGCGUAAUAGAAAAUGUAGAUAAUAUGACGAUGUUGGUGAAGAAAGAACCAGAAAGGCAAGGAGAAAUGGAAGCUAGUCUAAAAUCACGUUCUCGAAAUAAGAGAAAUAUAUCUGAUAUGAAACAGUUGGAGGAAGAUAAGCUUUUCGUAAGCGUAGCUGAAAAAUUAAUAAGAGGAAAGAGUCAAGAAACUAUGGAAAAGGAUGAGGACACAUUAUUUGUGUUGUCGUUAGUACCUGAGUUAAAAAAGAUUCCAGAUGAUAUCAAGCUCGAUGUUAAAUGUGAACUAUUAAAUGUUUUUAAGAAAGCUAGAUUAAGUCAAAGCUUUCCCUCUUCUGCGUCAUCACCCUCAACGUGUUCGAUUCCUUCUUUAAAUUUUCCAUUUACUAAUCAAUGCCAAUUUACGCAAGGCUAUAAACAAAAUAAUCAAUCCAAUGUAAAUAGAUCCACUACUCAUACACAAACAGCAACAUAUUCGUAUCCGCAAACGCAAAGUCCACUUUCAUCUUCGGUACACACAACGCCUUCUCCAACAUCAUCACAACUUUCACAUUCUUCGCAAAAUUCAUAUAUUGAUUUUACCGAUAACAUGUAGUUCAAUAUAAAUAUCCAAGAUUUAUGUAUAAUUAUAUUUUAUAUCUUACAAUUGGAAGGAGUAAUUUUGAAUUUUAAGAGAAAUAAAAUCUUCUAAACUCUAAA